UUCUUCGCUUCGCUAUAUCCACUGUGAAUCAUCUUUGCGUGAUACGUUUGUUUACAAGCGGAGAAGCGGAGCUACCAACUUCGUUAGCUGUACUUGUUUUACUGAUACUUUAUUUUCAUUUGAAGAUAACUCCAUAGGUCGCCAAUAUGGGGAAGUCGUUUGCAAAUUUUAUGUGCAAGAAAGAUUUUCACCCAGCCUCGAAGUCAAAUAUCAAAAAGGUAUGGAUCGCAGAGCAGAAACUGACUUAUGACAAGAAGAAACAGGAAGAUCUCAUGCAGGCGUAUCUGAAGGAGCAGGAUACCUACAACAACAGGUUGCUAAUGGGUGAUGAUCGUGUUAAAAAUGGCCUCAAUUUCAUGUACGAUGCUCCUCCUGGUGCCUCCAAAGAGGAAGCAAAAGAGGAGGGAGCAGAGGGAGGGGACGAAUAUAAAUUUGAGUGGCAGAAAGUUGCCCCUCGAGAGAAAUAUGCAAAGGAUGACAUGAACAUUAGGGAUCAGCCAUUUGGGAUCCAGGUGCGCAACGUAAGAUGCAUCAAAUGUCACAAGUGGGGCCACGUGAACACAGACAGAGAGUGUCCUCUCUACGGACUGUCCGGCAUCAACGCCAGCUCUAUGGCAUCAGAGGAGGCAGCAGGUCCGUCGAUGCACCCCUCAGAGUUAAUGGCGGAGAUGCGAAACAGUGGGUUUGCCCUGAAAAAAUGUGUCCUUGAUAGAAACGCUACUGUUUGUGAUCCAUCACAGAAUUUUGUUGCCAGUGAAGAAGAGGAAGAUCCUGAGGUGGAAUUUCUGAAGUCAUUAUCAACAAAACAAAAACAGAAGCUGCUCAGGAAACUCGAUCGCCUGGAAAAACAGAAGGCCAAGAAAAAGAAGAGCAAAAAGCAGAAGAAGAAAAGCAAAAGGAAACACAAGAAGAAGCGUGAGAGUAGCAGCAGCAGUGACUCCUCCAGCAGCAGCAGCAGCAGUGGUGAUAGCGACAGCGGCUCAGAUUCAGACAGUGACGAUAAGGAGAAAAGCCAGAAGAGAAAGAAAAAGAGCAAGAAGAAAGAUUCCUGUCGGGACAAGAGCUCCAAGACCGAACAACAAGUCAAGAGUCAGAGAAGGGCCUCUUCUCACAGGAGCAGGUCACGGAGUCCUCGCAACGGACCCAGGCGGUCUGAAGAGGAGCAGAGGAAUUACAGGCAACCCCAGGCAGAGAGGGGAAGCAGCAGGAGUCGACAUGGCAGCCCGGAGGGAGGUCAGGAGAGACGGAGACACAGCAGCAGAGACAGACAGAGGCCAGGCAGCUCCAGACCCGAUUUGGCAAGAAGCAGGAGUCGAGACAGAGGCAGGGAGGACAGAGGUACAGAGAGGCGUCACAGCGGAGAUGCUGAGAGGAACAGACACAGCACAGAUGGACGGAGAGGCAGAACAGCGGCUGGGAGGAGCAGGAGCAGGGAAAGGAGAAGAGAAAGAAGUAGGAGUAGGGAGAGAAGAGAAACUAGUCCAGACAGAGUGUUCACACAGAAGUCGUGAAUGCAUGCAGAUAUUUGCAGAGCCAUCUCCUUUUCCGUCCAGCAGAGGGCGGCAGUUCACAGAAAACAUCGAUAUGCAGCUCACUGCUCUCUGCUGCCGUCCGUAGAACCGUGAGUGAAAGGCUCUAAAUUAAUUGAUUACCAUUAGAAGCAAUUUGCAGCCAAGAUCCGCUGGUGGCGAGAAUGUUACAUCCAUUUUCCCGGUCAUUUGGCUGCUGGAGACACUGUAGUUCUGUACGAGCUGCCAUUUUUAAUCAGGCUUUCAUUACGAUUGUGUCUUUUUUUGGGUUAAGGAAAUCUCGACUGUGUACUUCUAUGAUGCUUGAUAGAAUAUAGAAUCUGUCAUGUCCAGACUUUUACUGAAUAAAUGUUAAAUCUUCCCAUCUUUAAUGACUG